CCCACAGUGACCAUUAAACCUGCUCAACAAGUAUUCAGAGGAGAUAAAGUCACUCUCAGGUGUGACAUAUUUGGUGGAGAAGUCACUAGCUGGCGCUACAGCUGGUAUAAAGAAAGUCUAGAGAAAGUUUCCAGUAAACUACAGGAACACACAUUCAGUUCUGUUUCUAAGUCUGAUGCAGGUAAAUACUCCUGUAAAGGAUCAGAGACAGAAGGAUCACGCAGGUCACAAAUGAGUGAUAAAGUUACACUGACAGUAUCAGAUCCAGUAGCAGUUUUAAGUGUUUCUCCACAGAAGUGGUUGACUGAAGGAGAUCCAGUGACUCUGAUCUGUCAGGUUCACAGCUUUUCUUCAGGCUGGACGUUCAGCUGGUUCACACUAACUGUCUCAGCAGAGAACAGCCAUCAUUAUCAUCUACUCUCGGACAGCAGCAGAGGAGCAGGAGGAAACUACACGGUCAGUUCUGCUGCUCUAAAUCACACAGGAGUUUAUGUGUGCAGAGCAGAGAGAGGGAAACCAGUCUAUAAAACACAGUACAGCAACACACAGCUGAUAUGGGUCAUUGGUGUUUCUCCUCCAGUCUCUCUGAUCGUCAGUCCCAGCAGAACUCAACACUUCACAUCUGUCUCUCUCUCUCUGAGCUGUGAGGACCAGAGUAACUCUACUGGAUGGAGAGUGAGAAGAUACACAGACGAUGGACGACUGGAAGAUUGUUCAUCAUUACGUCGAGGAUCACAAACAGGAUCUACGUGUUCAAUCAGCUCCACCGUCUCAUCAGACACUGGAGUGUACUGGUGUGAGUCUGAAUCUGGAGAGAAACAUCAUCCUGUUAAUAUCACUGUACACUCUGGUGUGAUUCUGGAGAGUCCGGUCCACCCUUUGACUGAAGGAGAUAAUCUGAUUUUACGCUGUUUAUAUCAACUUAAAACCCCAUCAUACCUCAGAGCUGAUUUCUAUAAAGCUGGAUCACUCAUCCAGAAUCAAACUACAGAGAUGAGCAUCACUACUGUCUCAAAGUCACAUCAGGGUUUCUACUACUGCAAACACCCGAGAGGAGAGUCACCCAAGAGCUGGAUCUCAGUCAGAGACUCAAGAUCUGAUGGUCUCAAUCCCAUGAUAAUUGGAGUGACUGCUGGACUGACUGUUGCAGUUUUGAUCAUUGUCUUCUUGGUCCUGCUGUGGUGCUACAGAAACAACAAAGACAAUGUAAGUGGGCCUCCUGAACACAUCUAUGCUGAGAUUGAACUGAUAUCUGUAACAAAGAAGAAGAAAAAGAAAGAAGACAAAGGUAAACUAAAACCAUAA